CCCUCUUUUACCUUUCUUCAACCUGACCUUUCUUUCUUCUACCAGUUCUCUUGGUCCUUUCUUAAAAAAAUCUUUCGGGUGUGCACUAACUUCUCUUUUUCUCACUUCUUGAGGAGGAGAUGGCUUGGCCCUGGGGCCAUUAAAUUACAUCAAACCAUCAAUGCUUCUUUCAAUGGCGGAGAAGAAGGAGAAGAAGAAGAGAAGAAACGUUAAAGAAGAUGAAGAAGAAGAAGCAACUUGAAACGAUGAAAAAAUAAGAUGAGUAAAAGAAAAGCCAAGAAGAAGAAAAAGAAGAUCCAAGGAGAAGAUGAAGAAACUAAAAUUGAACAUCAGAAGAGCAAAGGAAACUAAACUAUUUUAGAAACUCGGCCAUUCAAAGUGGAAGCCUUUAUUUUAUCAGUGUAAUUGUUGAUUACAUAAAUAUACAAUCAUCUUUUGUAUCCAAAACCUUGACCAUCGCCACUCUCAGCACACUCGCCAUCAACGUUGUACCAUCUUAAUCACAUACCUUACUAGCAAACCAAGAAAACAACAAUAUUAUUAAUUAUACAGUUUUUAAUAUCAUCGUCAUCACCAACAACAGCCGCAAAAGCAACAUCAUCAUCUCAUCAUUAUCAACAUCAUCGCUAGCAGUGAAAUGUCCUGAGGAAUAGUGAAUCUAUAUUGUAAACGUGCUUAUGCGUAAUCUUCGUUAGCCACAGUGCUUAAAGUAGCCCCUCUUCAAAUUGUCAUCAAAGUCUGUAAACUAUACCAAUGUUAACAUAAAAUCUGGUUAAACCAACAAAAGAAUAUGUUGAUAGCUUAAGUUGUCCUGGAUGACUUUUUGUGCUUGGGAUAAUUUUGUCAACUCUCUUUCUCUGCCUUUUUUCCCCUCCUUUCUCUUUCUUUCUAUUUUCUUAGCCAUUUCUUAGCCUAGCUAAAUCUCUUUCUCCCUUUCUUCUCGUCACCCGUAACCUGUCACCGUGAGCCUGUAUUUUUCGUUGUAUUUUUUGGGUGUGAUCAGUCAACUUUCUUCUCCUUAAUCUUAUCCUCUUCUUUAACUUCUCUCUGUGUUGUGUUGAAUAAUUUUGCAAACCACAUUGCAAUCAACUUUUUAGGUUUUAAUAUAAUUACAUCUUAUUAUAUUGUUUACCUCUAUCCCUUUCUUUGGAUUUAUACAAGUUAUUUCUCACCUUUAUCCCUAAGAACUUUUCUUCUGCUUUUUCCACAUUCUCCCAAUGCAACCAAAAGAUAUUCAACUUUGCUCCCUCAAUGUCAGAAGUCAUUUUUUAAAUUUAAUUUUUGAGUCACAAUAAUUUUAAUAACAAUGAUGGACUGUGAUUGAUAUACCAUAAUAAUUUAAGAAAUCUCAUCGUACUCUCAUCAUAAUCAUCAACCACAUCUUGUCAUCGCUGAAAGCAAGAAAAACAAAAACAUCACACAGUCCAACCUGCAUUUGGAUUGUGUGAUUUUUGUUUACUGGUGCCUUUAAGUUGUAUAACCUCUCAACUGUACAUCUUAACCACAUCUACAUCAGCAUUUCCCUCUUUCUUACCCUCUUAUUGAUUUUUGUUCUAUAUAUAAAUGAACUUACAAUCAAACCGUUCAAUCCGAAUGCCAUUAACCGUCAUGGCCACCGAUACAAGUGAUAUAAUAAAACAAGGAUACCUUAAACUGAAAAGUAAAACAGUUGGUGUCUGGCAAAAACGUUGGAUUAUUUUAAGGCGAGCUUCUAGUAAAGGACCGUGUCGUAUUGAUAAGUUUCUCGAUGAAAAAUCAGCCCGGACGAAUUGCUCGUGUAAAACAAUUGUUUUAACUAAUGUGUCAAAUGUUUCAAGACUUCCAAUAACCCACCGGAAGCAUUCUUUUGUUAUUAGUUUCAAUCCUAUUAAUUGUAAAUUGUUUGCUUGUGAAUCAGAUCUUGAAGCAGAUACCUGGGUCAAAUUGUUAACGCAGGAAUGUUUAGUGCCACUACCAGGACUGGCAACCGGUGAACCUGAUAUUCUCAGUCCAGGUAUCCAAAAAGAACUGCAAGAACAGUUUCAUGUUUAUCUGAUGCCAACACCUAAAUUAGAUGCCUUCGGUGAAUGUUUACUACAAGUAACACAUGAACAUAUUUACCUGUGGGAUGUGAUCAAUUCAAAAAUUAAACUGGCUGCCUGGCCAUUAACGGCGCUUCGUAGAUAUGGAAGUGAUCCAACUAAAUUUACUUUUGAAGCUGGAAGACAUUGUGCCACUGGAGAGGGAAUGUUUGUUUUUCAUACACUGGAGGGUGAAAAGAUUUAUCGUAAAGUCCACCAAGCAACUCUUGCCAUUGCCGAAGCUCAUUGCAAAACGAGUAGAUCAACCUCUACAGUAUCGUCACGUUUUGUUCAACAGUGCCUUUAAAGGUUAAACAUAUCAGAAUACAUAAUUUUAAGAUUUACAAAGGAAAUUUUUAUUAAGAAACAUUUUUUGUUUAACUGACUGACCUCAAGUUUUUUCUUGGACUUCAAAGAGUCUUUUGUUGGUAUCUUCUUCCUGUCCACCUGUUUUAUUCAUCAAUUUCACGAGUUUGGAUCUAUUUUCGUUUGUAUUAUUGGGUGGCUAUUGAUUUCUGGAGCUAUGUUGAUAUUAACUCGGAGAGAAGAAAAUCAAAGAUCAGAAAAUAAAACAAAUCUAUGGAGUAUUUUGUUAUAUAAUGAUACGGCAACCUAGCUACAUGGAAAAAUCAUUUCCAAACCAUUUUCUUACUAUUUAAUAGUUGGUUAAACCAUCAUUUAGAAAGGAAAACCUCAGAAUAAAACAAAGAAGGAGAGAAGAUAUACUUAUAUCAACAAAUGAUCAUCAUCAUUUUCAUCAUCAUUAUUCACAUUGCCAUUAACAUACUUGUCAUCGUCAUUCAAAUAAGAGAUCAAAGGUAACUGUGGUUUAGCAGUUUCUUGAUCUCUAUUCACUCGUUUCCAUUAUUUGUACUUUUCUGUGAAACACUUUUUUCCACAACAUUGUUCACUUCUUAAAUACACCACAUCUAACAUAUCUACCAAAUCCAUUACUUUUCCACUACUUUUCAUGACUCAACUUUGAAUAACUUUGAUAUAACCAGUAAAAAUUUCUGGUAAUCAAAAUAAAUCACGAUUGACUCUCGAUAAGUGGUGGACAAUGUGAUGGAUUUAAAUGGGAAAAAAUGUUUCUCCCGAAAAUUUGAGUGAAAAUCUGCGCAAGUUUCAAAACAUCAAUCUUUUGAAGAUUACAAUAAAAAAAUAAAAAAAAUUAAACAAAUUA